AUGAGCGGUGUUGAGCUCGACAAGCUUGCUGAGGCCUUUGCUGCCGCGGACUUCAAGUCCCUGGAGCCCCUCCUCCUCCAGCUCGAGAAGCACCUGACCCUGCGAACCUACCUGAACGGAUACGAACUGUCGGCCGUCGAUAAGGAUGUCUGGUCAGCAAUUCGCAAGAGCAAGGUGGCCAUGGGCCUUGCACGGAAGGGAACUUUCGCCAGUGUCACCCGUUGGUUUAACUACAUCGAGGCUGCCCACCCCGAGGUGAAGGAGGCCGCUGUCGGUGGCCCCAAGAAGAACACCGGUGCCAACUACAACAUUGGACUGACCAACACCGAGGGCGGUGUUGUCACCAGAUUCCCUCCUGAGCCCUCAGGUUACCUUCACAUUGGCCAUGCCAAGGCUGCCCUCCUCAACGAUUAUUUCGCAAACGAGGCUUUCAAGGGAAAGCUGAUCGUUCGAUUCGACGACACAAAUCCAUCCAAAGAAAAGCAGGAAUACGAGGAUUCAAUUGUAGAGGAUGUGAAGCUUCUCGGCAUCAAGAUCGACCGCAUCACCCAUACCAGUGACUAUUUCCAGGAACUCUACGACACCGCCGAGAAGAUGAUCCGUGCCGGAAACGCCUACGCCGACGACACUGACCCCGAGAUCCAGAAGAAGGACCGCAUGAACCGCCUUCCUAGCGCCCGCCGAGACCGCCCCGCGGAGGAGUCCCUGGCCAUCUUUAAGGAGAUGAAGGAGGGAACCGAGCUUGGAAGGAAACAUUGCAUCCGAGCUCGCAUCGCUUUCGACUCCAGCAACGGCUCUUUGCGAGACCCUGUCAUUUACCGAUUCCCUAACUUCCAGGACAAGGAGCCUGCACCACACCACCGCACUGGGUGGACAUGGAACAUCUACCCCACAUACGACUUCGCCUGCCCCGUCGUAGACAGUCUUGAGGGCGUGACCCAUGCCCUGCGUACUACCGAGUACGCUGACCGAAACGAGCAGUAUCACUGGUUCCUCAACGCUCUGGAUAUCCGACGAGUGAACCUGUGGGAGUUUGCCCGUAUCAACUUCAUCAAGACCUUCCUUUCCAAGCGUAAGCUGACCAAGGUUGUCGAUAGCGGCAAGGUUUCUGGGUGGGAUGACCCUCGUAUGCCUACUGUCCGUGGUAUCAUCCGACGAGGUUUGACUGUUCCCGCCCUCCGCGAGUUUAUGCUUAAGCAAGGCCCCAGCCGUAACAUCGUCACAAUGGACUGGACCACGAUCUGGACUCUCAACAAGAAGAUGCUCGACCCCAUUGUACCACGCUUCAAUGCCGUGGAUAAGAAGGAUGCCGUUCUGGCAACUAUUGAGGGUGGCCCAGAGACUCCUUACUACGAGGAGCGACCUAAGCACCCCAAGAACCCCGCCGUCGGUAACAAGCAGGUGAGGUUCGCCAACAAGGUCUGGAUGGACCAGGCCGAUGUCGCAGCCCUAGAGCUUGGCGAGGAGUUCACUCUCAUGGCAUGGGGUAAUGCCAUCGUCAAGGGACUUGACAAGAGCACUACCCCGAUCAAGGAGCUCCAGCUCCAGUUGCAUCUCGAGGGUGAUUUCAAGACUACCAAGCAGAAGAUGACCUGGCUUUCCGAGAACGAGGGCAAGCUCGUAGAGGCUGAGCUCUGGGACUUUGACUAUCUCAUCACCAAGGACACCCUGGACAAGGACGACGACUUUGAGGCCUGCCUUAACCCUAACACCGCUACCGUUGUCGAGGCGAUCUGCGACCCUGGAGUCGGUGAGCUCAAGGAGGGCGAUUUCCUCCAGCUCGAGCGCAAGGGCUACUUCCGCGUGGACAAGGCCGCGGGACAGGGCCCCAACGGCAAGGCAAUCCUGUUCCAGGUGCCCUCCGGAAGCGGAAAAUAG